CAAAUCGGGAAAUCAGGGUCUGUAGGCAGGAACUGUGACCACUAGACCACAGACGCGGUCUGGUUUUUAUUCAUAUUGACUUAUUUUUAUAGUGAUAUUUCUAAAAUUGUUAUUUCAUAUACGUACGAAAUCCACGCGUAUGUGUUGCGGUAUUUAACGAUUAGAUUUAAUCGUUGGAAGAUAAUGUACCGGAGGAGGGGCUACGUUGUUAAUUAAAUGAAACCAUGGCGGCGUUUGAUGAGUGUGGUUUCCGCACGUGACAAAUGUACAUUAGCUACCACAUUAAUCACAACAAGAGUAUCACAGAAUAGUGUAUGAAAUACCAAACAAGUGGAUAAAUACUCAGGAAUCAAUACAUAUAUUAAUAGUAUAGAGGAAAUCAACUUAAUGGCAUUCCAGCCACCAAGCGCCCGUCAAGAACUUGCUAAUCGCAAAAUAUUAGAAGAGAUACAACUAAAAAAACAGCAAAUUCUGAAGCAAGGGGUGGCACCAAGCCUCAAUUCUCCUACCAUAGCUCCUUCCCUAUCUGCUGUGGGAACAGCUGUUACCAUGCCUGCGUUCAUGUCCCCUGAAGCACACAUGAUGUCAUCUUCCCAAAGAGCUGCCCUACAGCAUGCACACAGUCUGUCUUUUGGAUAUUUUGUCACUCAAGAUUCAUCAUUUGGAAACCUUAUAUUGCCAGUUCUUCCACGAUUUGAUAUUAAAUAGUGGUGAUACGCAUCAAGAGACGAUAUGGCAAGUAUAAAGCUUAAGGUUCUGGAAGAAUACCUGCAGGAAGUUGACAUUUUUGAAAACCCCAAAGUGCACCUGGAGCAGUAUGCUACAAUGCCUCAUAUUGGAGCUCGGAUGUUACACACAAUCCAGUCAUCAUUUCAUGACAUUGAAGGUAAAUUAAUUGCAGAUUUAGGUUGUGGAUGUGGAACUUUAUCAGUUGGAGCAGCAAUGCUAGGAGCUGGAUUUUGUAUAGGAUUUGACAUAGACAUUGAUGCCUUGUCAGUAUUUCGCAGUAAUGUCAGUGAAUUUGAAUUAAGUAAUGUGGAUGCCGUACAGUGUGACAUAGCUAAAUGUCUGCCCAUCUGCUGGAAGAAACAGUUUGAUACUGUUAUUAUGAAUCCGCCAUUUGGAACGAAGCAUAAUCGUGGUAUGGACAUGAAGUUCCUCCGUGCCUCCCUUGAUUUAGCUACUACAUCUGUGUAUUCUUUACAUAAGACAUCCACUAGAGAGCAUAUCUUUCUUAAAGCUGCUGACUGGGGUGUCAGAGCUCAGGUUUUGGCAGAACUGAGGUUUGACCUGCCAGCAUCAUACAAGUUUCAUAAGAAGCAGUCAGUUGAUAUCAAGGUUGAUUUUGUCCGAUUCUGGUUUCAGCCUUCAGUUAAGGAAAGAAAGAAUGACAGAUGAACAUAUUUCAAUGUUUCAGAAGGUAAUUUAGUUUGUGAUCUUUAUGUGUAUAGCUGUGAAUAAAGUGUAUCACAUUUCAUAUUAAUCACAUCA